GUAGUAUAAAAUAGUAAUAAACAGAAAAAAAAAAAAAAAAAAAACAAAGAGAGAAAGGAAACAACACCAUGGUUUCAUAAUUGCCAUUUUUAUAAAACCACCACUGCAAAUCGCGUCGUCGUUCUCCGAUCACUUUCAAUCUCUCCGGCGCCACCGAGCGGCGGUUUUCAUUUCCGAUCAAUUUUCCGGUGAGGUACGAUUCUCCACCUGAAGACAAAUAAACUUGCUAAUUUAACCGUUUCGGUUCCGGCGAAGGGAUCGGAUUGGUUUUGCUUCAGAUCUGGGAGUGUAUGCUAGGGGAUUUCUGUUGACUUUGGUUUAGGGCUUUCUGUAUUGGAUUGUGUAUGUGAAUUUGAGCUGAAUUAUAGGGGAUAUGUUUGUUGCGGAUUUAGGAUUUUCGAUGGAACCGGGAACGAGAGUUCCUGGCCCUUCUGGGGUUGUAGUCAAGAAUAGGGGCUCUUCAGGGUGUUUGAUUGUUAGAAAGAAUGGGGAUGGUGGUUUGGGUGGUGGUGUUGUUGGUGGUUCUUCCGGCUCGAGGAAGCCGUCUGGAUCGAAGAAAGUGAGGAAAAGGCCCAAGGUUGUUAUGAGUGAUUCAGAAUCGAGCGAUGAGCAGCUAUUGAUGCCUCCUGCCAGGAAGCUUGGCCCGGAGACUAUUCGAGUUUGUAAUGGUUUGACUGCGAUAGAGCGCGGUAUGGUUGGCACUGGCACCGACAGCGGUGAAGUCAGUAGGAAGAGGGAGAGAGUUGAGGAAACUAGACGUAAUGGGGAUGGCGUGGUCGAGGAGAAUGGCUUGGAGAGGAGGGGGAAGAAACAACGUACAUUGGAGGUGUUUGAUUUUGAUGAGUACGAUGGUAUGGAUGUGGAGUUGAUGAGAAGGAGGCGUUUCGAUAAUAAUGGGGUUGGUUUAGGUGGAGGGAGGCCGAUGGGAACCGUGCACGCGGCUAGAGGUAGCGUUGAUAGGGAAUUUGAGACCGGUUCAAGCAGGCACAUUGUGGAAAAGAGGAAAAAAUCCUAUCAUGACCGAGCAAGUGGCUUGAAUCUGGGAGACAGUGUGGACCAUAGUAAGUUUAAGAAGAGUAGGGAUAGAGCUCAGCGUCCUCUACCCUCGUUGAGGGAGAAGUUUACUUCUGAUGAGCCCAUUAGGGUUCAAGGGAAAAAUGGUGUUUUGAAGGUGAUGGUUAAUAAGAAGAAGGCAGGUGAGCCACUACUACACUAUGACCGCCGCAAGCCUACAGACAGCAGACAAAGUUUGAGGGCUGAGGGCACUUCUAAGAGGAAUGAUCUGAUCCGUCCUUCAUCACACGUGGAAACAAAACCUGCUAAGAAACAGGGUUUUCUUGUUAGGCCAGAGAAGAAACAGAUAGCAACAAGAAAAUUAUUACCAAGUAAGGACAGAAAGGUUGAUGAGCAGGAUUCAGAUAACAGUGAUGCAUCAUUAAAUCUGGGAGUAAAAAAUAUUAAAGCUUGUAAAUCUUCAAAGAAGAUAACCUCUGAUAAUGUACUGACUCCUAAGCAAGAAAAACUCCCAGCUACAAAAACUAAAGAAGGAAAAAUCAGGCGCGGCAGCGGCACAGAAAAGCAGAAACUGCGAGAACAGAUACGGGAGAUGCUCCUGAAUGCAGGUUGGACAAUAGACUAUCGCCCGCGAAGGAAUAGAGAUUAUCUAGAUGCAGUUUACAUUAAUCCCGUGGGGACAGCCUAUUGGUCCAUCAUCAAGGCCUAUGAAGCUCUUCAAAAGCAAUUGAAUUAUGAUGAUCAUGAGGCCAAAGCCAAAGGGGAGAAUUCUUUUGCUCCUAUCUCUGAUGAUGUGCUCUGUCAAUUGACAAGGAAAACUCGGAAGAAGAUGGAGAAAGACUUGUUGAAGAACAAGCAAAGAGAUGAUAGUGAUAGUGAUAGUGGAAAAGAGCCGCAGAUUAAAAGAAUUGCCAGAAAAAAGCAUGAUAUGAAUGAAACCGAUAGUGAUAGCAAUGACGAGAAGUUAAGCUCCUUUAUGAAUCAAGGAAGUAAAUCAAUGAAAGCUAAAAUGAACGAAAAUGCUGUUAGUGGUGCUAGCUCUAAAAGCCAGAAUGCUAGCCAUCGCUCAAAUGAUGUAACUGAAAAGUCAUUCUCAGGAAAUGAUCCUCAUCUCCUUAAUGGAAGAAAAAGUAGAAAACAUGGAAGGUGCACUUUAUUAGUUCGUAGUUCAAACAAGGGAUUGAAUUCAGAAUCUGAUGGCUUUGUUCCAUAUUUGGGCAAACGAACAGUGCUUUCCUGGUUGGUUGACUCAGGGGUAGUAGAGGUAGGCCAAAAGGUUCAGUACCGUAGAAGGAAGCGAGUAUUGCUGGAGGGAUGGAUCACAAAAGAAGGCAUUCAUUGUGGCUGCUGUAGUAAGAUCCUCACAGUUUCGAAGUUUGAGCUUCAUGCAGGGAGCAAAUUUCCCCAGCCAUAUCAAAACAUAUAUUUGGAUUCUGGAGUUUCUCUUCUACAGUGCCAGAUAGAUGCAUGGGAAAGACAAGAGAAUUCUGAGAAAAUCAGUUUCCAUUCAGUAGAUAUUGAUGGUAAUGACCCAAAUGAUGACACCUGUGGUAUAUGUGGAGAUGGAGGGGAUUUAAUCUGUUGUGAUGGUUGUCCAUCGACAUUUCAUCAGAAUUGCUUGGAUAUACAGAUGCUUCCCCCUGGGGAAUGGCAUUGUCCAAAUUGCACCUGUAAAUUUUGUGGACUAGCCAGUGUAGCUAUUGGCGGAGAAGAUAAUGCAACUGUAUCUGCGCUGCAUGCUUGUGACUUGUGCGAGAAAAAAUAUCAUGAUUGUUGUACCAAGGAUAUGGGUGCCGUUCAUACUAACUUCAAUGCGUCAGGGCCUUCCUUUUGUGGAAAAGGCUGCAAAGAGCUUUUUGAGCACUUGAACAAGUACCUUGGUACCAAGCACGAACUUGAUGCAGGCUUUACAUGGUCUCUUAUUCAUAGAACAGCUGAUGACUCAAAGGCAGGUAAUAGGGGAAUUACCCAGAGGGUGGAAUGCAACUCCAAGCUAGCUGUUGCACUGACCAUGAUGGAUGAAUGCUUUUUACCUGUUGUUGAUAGGAGGAGUGGGAUCAAUUUAAUCCAUAAUGUUUUGUAUAAUACUGGGUCAAACUUCAGUCGGCUGAAUUAUAGUGGCUUUUAUACUGCUAUUUUGGAGAGAGGGGAUGAAAUAAUUUCUGCAGCAUCUAUCAGAUUCCAUGGGACCAAGUUAGCAGAGAUGCCAUUCAUUGGAACUCGCCAUGUGUAUAGGCAUCAGGGAAUGUGCCGCCGGCUUUUUUCUGCCAUAGAAUUGGCUCUUUGCUCUCUGAAGGUUGAGGAACUGGUUAUUCCCGCAAUUUCUGAACUCAUUCAUACAUGGACAACAGUUUUUGGCUUUACACAUCUUGAGGAAUCACUCAGGCGAGAAAUGAGGUCAUUGAACAUGUUGGUCUUCCCUGGCAUUCAUAUGUUACAGAAGCAGCUAGUUGAGCAAGGUGCUGAGAAAAUUGAAAAUGGAGAUUUGGUUUGUAUUAAGCCCAAUAAGGCUAAUAAGUUAGCUAUGGAUUCCUUGACUCUGCAAGAUCCUCAUGGAAGUAAUGAUGCUGGUUCAAAUCCCGCCAAUGUGUUAAGCAAUGAAUGUAGUGAUACUUCUCAAGAUCUAAACAAUCAAGUUUUGAUUGGCAGUACUGUAUGCUCCAAAUCUCAUUCUGAGGAAAGAUUAUCUGAUUCUGAUUCGGAUGAUUGUGCUUCACCUUCUAGCACUAGUCAUGGAGUGCUCAAAAAGAAAAAUAAAUUAGCGAUAACUUCUCCUGUUAAUGAUAAAUCGCAUCCUUCUCCAAAAUGUCAACUCAUUUCACCAAAUGACUUUUCUAUGACUAGUCUUCCAUUGGAUGCUCCAGAUUGCCAUGAAAUUCCAGCUUUGGAUCCUAAAACUGUUGCUUCUGACCCUGGUACUGCAAAAAACCUUGUUGAUACUGUUUCUGACAGGAAUUGCCAUGCUGUCACUGAUAUGAAUUGUGAUUCACCAAAGCUCAACAGAAAUCCAGUGUUGGAUUCUCAAGUGGCUAAUAAUGAUUUUGCUUUAAAAGAGGUUGAUUUAAGUGAUGCAUGUGAUGAGGUUCUUGGAGCUGGUCCCUCAAUGAAUUUAUCUCAAUAGCCAAGGAGAAUAAGGAAAAUGUAGAUGUCCCUGGUUCUGCUCUUAAUCAUGCUGGUGAGAGUUCCUUGCUGGUAAGAUCUGAUUUGAAAGAUGAAAUUGCAUGUGAGAGGGAAAGGAAUCUACAUUUGGAAAGAGAAGUUGCCUCAAAUGAAGUGCCUUUUGAUAAAACUGGCUUAAAUGCUUCUAGUGAUGGUUCUGACACUGAUCCCGCAUAAGAGAAUGGUCAAGUCUAAGAGUGCUGAUGUUUUUAGUUCACAGCUCAAGCACGUGACUCUCACAAUUUUUCUGUCAAAGAUCCAAUGCCUUGUAUGCAAUCAAUUUUUCAAGGCUUUGGAGCUUGUGUCAUGCCUUAAUCUGGAUAGUAUGAGAAGGUUAUAUUGAUUUCAGGGGAACUAGUAAUUGGUCCCUUGUAUUGUUGUUUAAGUAUGAAUUUCUCAAGAUUCUAAGUUAACUUCAUUUCACGUGAAUAUUUCUUCUGCCAAAACACUUCGAGGUUGCUGCUUUUGGCUCAA